AUGUCUUCAUCACCGAAAGAGCAAACGCCUUUACCCAAACUAGACAGCAGCAUCUUUGACGUGGCGCCCAAGACCGAUUGGCAGAAAUCCAUCACCAAAAGGAAUGCACUUGAAUCGCCUCUUCUUCGUAUGCCCCGCGAAUUACGCGAUCUCAUCUGGACUUUUACCUUCACACAGACUAUCAGACCAGAAGCUCCCCAAAACUCUGCGUACAGCCCCCUUGUAGUAUGCCGACAACUUUACAGGGAAGCUGCUAGCCUUUCACAUACGUUCCUCAUCUGGUCCUUUAGCUGUCAGCCGUCCUGGGAAGACUUCUUCUGGUCGUUGUGCGAGAAUGAGAAACCCAAGUACAAGAAGAGCUUGAUACGUUCUAUCCAGAUCGGCGUCGAUUCGACGGACUUGUACAUGUUGGCGGAGAGAGAAGAUCCCGGAUACGACGUUGAAGAGGAGAAGGUUGAGAUUGCUAGGGAAGAUCAAGGCGAGUAUCGCCGUGUUACCUUCCGUGCUUUCGAGAACCUGUCGCACCUUGAGCUUUUGCUGUCCGCUACAGAAGUUUUCGGAGAUUCAGAUGAUGAUGACGAAACGGAACAUGACACUAUACCGCCACCAAAUAGCACAGAAAUCAAUGAAGCCAAAGAAAACUUCACCAGGACUAUGAGGCAGAAGCUUCCUCGUGUACGUGUUACGUACAGAGAGUUUGGAAAUACCUCAGCCAUGAAAAAGUACUUGGAAGAGCAGGAUCUUUGA